AAUUCAACAAAGUUAUCAUGGCGUCAUAAUCGUCGAGUCGUUUGCAGUGUUGUUUAUGGUUGAACGAAAAAAAAAGUAAUUUUUACCUGCUAAAUAGGUGUGUUAAUCUGGAAAUUAACCUGUGUCUAUGUUUAAUUUUAUCAAAUAAUUUAAAAAAUAAAUCAAUGUGAAACAAAGCGAAUAUUAGAAAACAAAGAAAUAAACCAACAAUAAAGUUAAAUAAAGAACCGAGUUUUUGUGCUUAUAUAUGUAUUUUUUAAAUAGGUACGGCUUUUAUAAAUACGCGAAAAAUUGAUUCACAGUCUUGAGGAUAUUUUCAAUGACAAAAUAAAUAAAGUAUCAAGUGGUGGUGCAUUGGUAAAACCAGAUGCAACAAUUUACUUUUGUAAAUACUAACAUGAGUGAUUGCGAAAAUCCUAAAAUGGAACUCUUAAAGACACAUAUCGUGAAAACUCAAUAAUAACAAUAGUGAAGGAAUAAAAGACAUAAUAGAAACUUGUAGUUCACACUAAACAAGUUGCUGACUCUUAUGUGAAAUUUAAAGUACAUAUAUUCAAUUGAAUCCAAAAUAUUUCGAAGUAAUAAAAAUAAAAAUAAUAAUAAAAGUGAUAAAUCAACACGGACAAUAAGACGUUGAAAAUCUUGAAAAAUGUUGGGUUUACAGCAAUGUGUUAGUAAUAAAAAUGGGACAGCAAUCUCAAAUACCGUGCUGCAUAGAGAUUGUCGAGCUAUAUCGGGAUCGACAACAUCCAAUGUUUUUCCAGACGGUGGCCAAAGCAGUCCAGCGACACUUGCAGGGCCUCCCGGAUCAAAUACACCGCAAUAUACUGCUUCGCCUGCACCUUCUGGAUCAUCGACACCUGGACCCACACCCCAGGGAACAAAUUUUCCUGGUGCACCCCCUAAUUCAACAACGCCCCAGUAUAAUGGACCGAAUCAAACUGGACCAUUUGGUUCACCAGUAGAUCCAUUGAGAUCAACGAAUGCUCCACCUUUUGGUAGACCAAAUAGUUCUGGACCAUCAUUUGGAUCACCACACUUUGCUUCACCAUCUGGUGCAUUUCAAUUUGGAAAUAAUUCAAUGGCCCCUUUUCCUCAUAAUCCAAUGGCUCAAAUUGGAGGUCAUAUGAUGGCUGGACCACAGCCAAUCGAUAGAAUGGAACAAGGAGCCUUACAGAGCGUACCUAGGAGACAUAAUACGUUUUAUAAUUCUACAGAAUUCAGAGUACACGAGCUUAAUAAACGUUUACAACAACGCACCGAGGAGAGUGAUAAUUGUUGGUGGGACGCUUUUGCGACGGAAUUUUUCGAAGAUGACGCAUCAUUAACAUUAACUUUUUGUUUAGAAGAUGGACCCAAACGAUACACUAUUGGAAGGACAUUGAUUCCACGAUAUUUCCGAAGCAUAUUUGAUGGUGGCGUAUCCGAAUUGUACUUCCAUUUGAAAUUGGCCAAGGAAUCAUUUCAUAAUCCAACAAUAACAUUAGACUGUGAUCAAUGUACGAUUGUAACACACCAUGCAGUAAAGCCAAUGUUUACAAAGGUAUGCACUGAGGGCCGACUCUCACUGGAAUUUGUGUAUGAUGAUUAUAUGCGUAUUAAAUCUUGGCAUAUGGCUGUGCGAAAUCAUCGGGAAUUGAUACCAAAAUCAAUAAUUGGAAUGCAUGCGCAUUCACCUCAACCUGAUCCAAAUAUGUUGGAUCAAAUGUCCAAAAACAUUACUCGACAGGGUAUCACAAGUUCAACAUUAAAUUAUCUUCGCCUAUGUGUUAUACUUGAGCCAAUGCAAGAACUCAUGUCCAGGCACAAGGCUUAUUCACUGAAUCCAAGAGACUGUCUUAAGACUACUUUGUUUCAAAAAUGGCAGCGGAUGGUCGCUCCGCCUGGUAAGCGAGAUGCACAAAGACCACCAAAUAAACGCCGCAAAAGAAAAGGUUCGAAUUCUGGAAGUGGCGCCAGUAGUGCUCCACCUGUUCCAAACAAGAAGCGAUCUCCUGGACCAAAUUUCAGUUUGGCAUCUCAGGUAGAUGUAAUGGUGGUAGGAGAACCAUCACUCAUGGGAGGGGAGUUUGGAGAUGAAGAUGAACGUCUAAUAACUCGUUUGGAAAAUACGCAAUAUGACUCAACUAAUUCAAUGGAUCAUGAUAAUCAUGGUGGAUUCGGUCAUGCAGACUCGCCCAUUACUGGUGGCCCAAACACAUGGAAUGUGGAUCAGAGAGGUCCGCAAGGAACAACACCGUCCAGUCAAGAUUCUGAGAAAAAAAGUCCAGCUGUAUCGCAGUGACAUAAUAAAUUUUGUCAAGAAAAUGCUGAAUUUUAAUUUCUUCAUGAUCGUGUUUUAUAAACAAAGAUAUGUUUGUUAUUUUUACUCA